GCUCAGUUUCCUCCUCUCCUUUCAAAUCACAGUUAAUAUCUGGUCUUUUCUUCCUUUGCCCAUGAUUUCAAUCGUAUAGAAGACUCCCAUACAAAUUUGAGCUCCCUUGUGCAAUUGCCAUGGCGUACCUUGCUCCAAUCCAUAGACCAAGCAGCGUGCGACAUGCGCUCAAGCUCCGAUUUCUCGAGCCAGAUGAAGAAUGCCUGGUAGUAGCAAAAGCGAACCGUCUCGAAAUAUACGAGCAGACCCAGGAUGGCCUAAACCUCAAGCACUCUAAAGCCAUUUAUGGCAAAGUUACUAUGCUUCAUAAGAUCCGCCCCUUGUCCUCACCAACUGACCAUCUAUUUGUCGGAACCGAUCGAUAUGUAUACUUUACAGUAUCUUGGGAUCCGACAAGUAAGCAGCUACGGACAGAGAAGAGCUACGUGGACCAGGCCGACAAGACGGCAAGGGAUUCACAGACUGGAGACCGCUGUCUCAUUGAACCGGAAGGGAAGUUUAUGACACUUGAACUGUUUGAAGGAAUUGUCACAGUUGUGCCUAUCAUACAAAAGUCGAGAAGAAAAGACGUUGAGAUUGGUAGUCUGGGCGAGCCGGUGCCUGCUCGGAUACCAGAGCUCUUUGUACGGGCUUCAGCAUUCAUGCACCCGAGAGAAGGGCGUGCUGUGAAGCCCAAAAUUGCUUUUCUAUACGAGGACACGCAGAGAAGGGUCCACAUCAAGGUCAGAGAGCUCGACUAUACUGGAGGAGGCUCGGGAGAAUCUGGUAGCGUAGACCUCAAUGACGCCGACAGCCCAUCGGAGGAAUUAGAACCAGGUGCAAGUCACAUCAUUCCAUUGUCGGAGCCUACAUGCGGUCUACUUGUCCUUGGAGAAACAUCUAUAACCUAUAUUGACGAGUCGGGAAAACAAUCCAUGACAUAUCCCUUAGAGGAGGCUACCAUAUUUGUGACAUGGACACAAAUAGAUGUCCAGCGAUUUCUGCUGGCAGAUGACUACGGAAAAUUAUAUCUCCUCAUGAUCCUAUUGGACGGUAAAGAUAACAUGACCGGCUGGAAGCUCGAUGUCAUUGGCGAGACGUCGAGAGCAUCAGUCUUAGUUUACCUCGAUGCUGGCUACGUCUUUGUGGGGUCUCAUCAAGGAGAUUCACAAGUAGUGAAGAUUGAGGAAGGUUCCAUCGAAGUCGUUCAAACAUUUCCUAACAUUGCACCGAUCCUUGAUUUUACUAUCAUGGACAUGGGAAGUCGAGCCGGCGACAGCCAGAUGAAUGAAUACUCCUCCGGACAAGCACGCUUGGUUACGGGUAGCGGAGCAUUUAAGGACGGCAGCCUGCGAAGCGUGCGUAGUGGAGUGGGAUUAGAAGAUGUGGGUAUCUUGGGAGAAAUGGAACAUAUUACAGAACUCUUCAGUUUAAAGUCUUCAGCGAAUGGCUAUGUCGAUACUCUUAUUGCAUCCUUUGUUGACCAGACUCGAGUAUUCCAAUUCGGCGCUGAUGGAGAGGUUGAGGAAGUGGAUGAACACAAGGGGUUGCUGUUGUCUGAGCAAACUAUUCUUUCCGCCAAUGUUCCGAAUGAACGAAUCAUACAGGUUACUCGGUCGUCUGUGCGGCUGCUGGACCUAGAAAGCAGCAUGUUGGUCGCAGAGUGGGCCCCUCAAACUGGCCAGUCUAUCACUGCAGCUUCAGCAAAUGACCAGGUGGUACUCCUCUCCGUUGGCGGUGUCUCCUUGGUCGCCCUUGAUGUUCUUGGAGAGCUUGCCAUCAAGGCUCAAAGAAACUUUGAAGGCAGCAGCCAGAUAUCUUGCCUGACUGUCCCAUCUAUUGCAUCAGAUAUUUGCAUUGUGGGUUUCUGGCAAAACACGACAAUAUCAGUGCUACGACUUGAUACUCUCGAAUCACUCCACACCGAGGUGGUUGGAGACCAAGCUGCUGCGGUUCCACGAUCUGUUCUGCUCACCCAGCUUCUCCCAGACCAAUCUCCUACGCUUCUUACCGCCAUGGCCGAUGGCACCAUUGUCACGUUCUCUUUUGAUCUCAAGAACUACUCUUUGUCCAGCAGAAAGAGUAUCAUUGUUGGAACACAACAGUCAGACUUUCGCGCACUCGCUCGAGGAGACGGUCUAUACAACGUAUUCGCUACUUGCGAGCAUCCGACUCUGAUUUACGGCUCCGAAGGACGAACCGUAUUUUCCGCCGUAACCGCAGAAGAUGCUUCCGCAGUGUGCCCGUUUGACAGUCAGGCUUUCCCUGGCUCUAUUGCUAUUGCAACAGCAUCAGACCUUCGGAUAGCAGUAGUUGAUACUGAGCGCACAACUCAUGUUCAGACACUACCUGUCCAUGAGACCGUUCGUCGCGUCGCAUAUUCUACGAAGCUGAAGGCUUUUGGACUAGGCACCAUUGACAGAAAACUAGAAGACGGCGCAGAACUCGUGCAAAGCCAUUUCAAGCUCGCCGACGAAGUCAUGUUCAAGGAGUUGGAUACAUUUGCUCUGAACCAAGAUGAGCUUGUUGAGAGUGCCAUCCGAGCAGAGCUCCCUGACGGGAAUGGAGACUAUACAGAACGCUUUAUUGUCGGCACUGCGUAUCUUGACGACGACCGGGACGAGUCUGUCCGCGGCCGGAUAUUGGUAUUUGAAGUUACAGAGGAGCGUACUUUGAAAGUCGUGACCGAACUAGCAGUCAAGGGAGCAUGUCGUGCACUGGCCAUAGUCGAUGACCAUAUUGUAGCCGCACUGAUCAAGACGGUCGUGGUAUACGCUUUUGAAUACGAGUCCAGUCACCCCAACCUCGUCAAGAAAGCGAGCUACCGGACCUCUACUGCACCCAUCGAUGUCGCCGUUACCGACCACCAUAUUGCCAUUGCGGACCUUAUGAAGAGCGUUUCAAUCGUUGAAUUCAAGCGCGGCGAGAACGGACUGCUCGAUAAACUCGAGGAAGUGGCGCGCCAUUUUCAGACCUCGUGGGCCACUGCCGUCGCCCACAUCACAGACGACACGUUCCUCGAGAGCGACGCCGAGGGUAAUUUGCUCGUUUUGCAUCGAAAUGUCAAUGGCGUGACUGUCGAGGAUCGUCGCCGGCUUGAAAUUACGAGUGAGAUUCAACUGGGCGAAAUGGUGAAUCGUAUUCGCCGGAUCAAUGUCCCGACGUCAUCUUCUGCUUCUGUCGUUCCAAGAGCUUUUCUUGCUACCGUCGAAGGAUCCAUUUACCUCUUCGCUCUUAUAGAAUCGUCCAAACAGGACCUUUUGAUGCGUCUACAAACCAACAUGGCAGAUCUUGUUCAAACACCAGGCUUUGUUCCAUUCAAUAGGUAUCGUGCCUUCCGCAAUGCCGUGCGCGAGGCCGACGAGCCGUUCCGCUUCGUCGACGGCGAGUUGAUUGAGCGCUUCCUCGACUGCCCUGCCGAUUUGCAGGCGACUAUAGUCGAAGGACUCGAUUUGGAUGUGGAGGAUAUCAAGUCCGUUGUUGAGGGAUUGAGACGGUUACAUUGAUGAAUAGCACGAUUGGUAUUAUUGACGAAGAUAAUUUCUAUUUUUUUUUUGUCUAUUGGAAGCGGAUUAUUCAACGGGAUAAUAAACUUAUUUACAAAGCAUUAGCUUUCAGAUACUAUAUUUUCAGUCAAAUAUAAAAAAGAGGCGUUAAAAU